GUCGAAUUCAUGGUCCAUGCACACAGGACAGUCGAGUGUACCACGACACUCUUAGCCAUCCUCAGUUUAUUAACAUACUGUUGGACUGAGUGACGUCAUCGCCGGGCUGAACUCCAAUUGGCUUGCCUGAGAGGUAAUCGAAGCGCGUCCUGCGCUUCGCUGUUGUUCCGCGUUCGCCUCUCGGACGACGAGUCGCAACUUUGACGGAAUUCCCUGCUUGACGAAAAUCGAGAAACAACUUGAUGAUCAGAAUGAAUUUACUUGCAUUCUUUGUUUUGGCGGUGCAAAUAUACAGCGUGACGCCUGUCAUUCACACGCUCAAUUGUUUCGAGACGGCCUCUCAAGUUGCAAAGCUACCAGAGUACUGGGAGGCCGCGUAUGUUGACGGCGUUCAGAUUCUGCACUUUGACAGCAACCACAGGAAAGCAAAAGCCAAACAAGACUGGGUGGACAAAAUCACACAAGAUGAUCCGCACUACUGGGAGAGAGAGACGGCGGGCAGUAUUCAGACUGAGCAGGUCUUCAAAGUCGACUUUGAAAUCCUUAAUAAGCGCUUCAACCAAACUGGAGGUGUUCACAUGCUUCAGGUGAUAGAAGGCUGUGAAUGGAAUGAUGAGACUGGGGAGGUUGAUGGUUGGCAGCACUACAGUUACGAUGGAGAAGACUUCAUAUCAUUUGAGCUGAAGACGAUGAGCUGGAUCGCAGCACAUCCGCAAGCUUUCAUCACCAAACUCAAGUGGGACCAAGACGGCGGAUAUUAUCAAUACAAUAAGAAUUACUUCACUGAGGUGUGUCCUUUACGGUUGAAGAAGCACGUGAGCAACGGGAGGGAGUUCCUGACCAGAACCGAGCUUCCCACGGUGUCUCUCCUGCAGAAGACGCCUUCCUCUCCAAUCACCUGCCACGCCACGGGUUUCUACCCCAGGACGUCGGACCUCUUUUGGAGGAAGGACGGCGAGCAGAUCCACGAGGACGUGGAGAUGGGAGAGACCCUCCCCAACCACGACGGAACCUUCCAGACCACGGCCGACCUGAAGGUGGAGCUAACGCCCGCCGUGGAGGGCCGCUACGAAUGCGUGUUCAAACUGGAUGGCGUCCGGGAGGAGAUGGUCACCAAGCUGCACGCCAAAAGCAUCCUGAGCAACGUGCGCAUCCAGGAAGAGGAAGACAGGAAGAAGGCGGUGGCCAUCGCUGUCCCGCUGGUGGUCCUGGCUCUGGUGGCGAUGGCGGUGGCGGCGGGGGUGUUCCUGGCCAAGCGUCCCAAAAGCCAACAAGCCAAUUACGCUCCAGCUUCCAGCACCUAAUCUUCUGAGCAGGAUUGAAUGAACCCCAUUAAGGUUGAAGGGAUGUCUUCUUUUUUUGGGUGCUACGCUUGAUUGAAUCAUCGCAUUCCAACUGUAUAAAAUACUUGGAAAUGUUUCUUAUUUCAAAUUGAAGUGCAACAGUUUUACAAGUGCAGUGAAUUCUAAUUGUAUUUACUUCACUAGUUUUUCCAAAUACCGCUAGAGGGAGCCAACAUGCCACAAGUAAUAUCCGCAUCACACGUUGCUUUUUUUAAGUGCUUUUUUGUUAAGCAAGCUACUGAUCAAUUUGAUAAAAGUUUGAGUCUCAUUAUAAGAAUGUUUGAAAUGAGGUUUCUGGUCACUGUAUUUUCACUUGUGGAUAUAUAAUUUAGCAAGGAUAAGCAAGAAAUUUGUGAUAAAGA